GUAAUCCUACGUUUUGGCCUAAAGAAGCCAUAGCUGGUUCGAACAAUUUCUUCAAACCGCACAUUCCUUCUCCAUGCAUAUUCCCAAAGUAAAUGAGAUCUUCGCCAAAACCUGCACCUGAACGCAUUUGAGAUGUUCAGCCUGGCCUGAUGCUGCUUGCCCUCAGUGGCCAGGAUCCUGCUGGUUUCUGCACUAGGGCAGACUUGCUACAGAGACUGGGAGGCUGCGAUUUCAAGGUGUCAAGUCCUCCAGUGCUAUGGGUAACACCUUCUGGCAUCAAGGGUCAGCAAUGUCGCACCGUCCCUGAUUUAGAACUGCCGCUGUGGUGGGCGGGUGGCUGUUGGCACCCAUUCAGCCAGGACAAGGCCCCGACAGCAUACACGCCUCGCAAAUUUGAGCCACUGUGGCGCUGCGGUUCGGUCCUGUCACAUCCUGCGCCAAGUAGCAUUGAGGCUGGGCCAGGCGAAGUUGCCGCCCAUCCACAGGGCUGCAAGGUGAUGCAGGUGUUGAGAGUACUUCUUUGCGAGUCACAGGGACGGUUGUGGAGCAGACCGGUGACUGGAGGAGAGUGGCGUCAAUGCCCCUAUGAUCUUCAUCUUGAUGCAACACAAAUCAAGGUCUUGGAGCUUUCAGGUGGGCGAAGGUACCUCUUCCUCUUCCAAGACCUUUCAGGUGUUCCAGCAGGUCUUGAGACCGUGCUUAUCUUUGAUGUCGCUCGUAAUGAGUGGCGCCCUCCGACACCUGCUCGCGCGACAGCCCCUGGUCAUCAAGAAGAGGUGAACUGGCAAAGACUGAGUGGACCAAGGAGUGCAGCUCCAUUGAAGGCUUGGCUGCUUGAAGCAAGCAUGGACUAUGUCGUUCGCUGCCCAGCUACGCCUACUAUCCCAACUGGAAAGCUCAGAUUCGUCCGCUUUACACUCUCAGCUGAAGUCCGCUUCAGAUACUCAUGGCUCCGGCCUGGGGGUCUCAGCUGAAGACAUCGAAGACAGAUGACUAGUAGCGAUGCCCUUGUUAUUUGUAGCAAUGCCCUUGCUCCUAGUAGUAAUGCCAGGAGCUACUAGUGGCGUCCUUGCUACUAGUAGUAGCGCC